AAACAUCUUAACAAGGAUACGACAUCGUGUGCUGCGUUCGUCUUAUCGUCUAGAUAGAAAUGAAUCGAACCUAGGUUAGAAAAGGACAACUAAAAUUGUGUGAUAGCUAUCGCUGGGUGACGUACGACGAUCCGAAGAAGCUCUCGUUUCUCAACAAUGGCUCUCAUUUCUCGGAUUCUUUCCAGAUCCAGCCGUCAGUUAUGUAGUGGUCAGGUCAUCUUGCGACCAGACAGCGCAAUUCCAGUUCGUUCCUUUGCCAAAGGAGCUGGUGCCCCUACAGCACUCAAGGGUGAUGAAAUGUUGAAGAAUGUUUUCCUUGAGGUCAAGAAAAAAUUUGAGACUGCAAUUGGUAUCCUUCGAAAAGAGAAGAUCACCAUAGAUCCUGAAGACCCCACUGCUGUGGCUCAAUAUGCAAAAGUCAUGAAGACUGUAAGGGAAAAAGCAAAUAUCCAAUCAGAGUCUGAAAAGGUCAAGGAAACAAUCGAUACACAAACAAAUGAGAUUCCAGAUGCUCGGACUUAUUUGCUGACAUUGAAGGAGAUACGUAUUAAGAGUGGCCUUCCUGAUUUUGAUGGCAUUGAAGAAAAGAUGUUGAAUGCACUGGAUAAGGUGGAGAAAGAAAUAAAAAAGCCGCUAAUGAGGAAUGACAAAAAAGGGAUAGCACUCCUGACCGCUGAGUUUGACAAGAUCAACCAAACACUUGGCAUACGCAGAGAAGAUCUGCCCAAACAUGAAGAAGAAUUGGAAAUUAAGAUUGCCACAGCUCAACUCCAAGAGUUGAAGAAGGAUGCCCUUGAGGCAAUGGAAACUCAGAAGAAGAGGGAGGAGUUCAAUGAUGAAGAAAUUCCUGACGUGAAGUCUUUGGACAUCAGGAACUUUCUCUAAAAAGAGCAUUUAGUGGAAGACAGGAUUUUUUGUGCAUUUCUUUCAUGUUGGCAUAAUGAGUUCAUAAGUGAUCUGUGCUGAGCUAUUAUAAAAAUAAAAUUAUUGGCCAAGUAGUUGGACACUAUUUGUGCAUCAACACCACAAGAGAUUUACCAUUGCUUUCAGUCGGUUUGUAAUCACAAUGUGAUAUUUCGUUUGAAGCUAGGGGAUGAUGACAAUGUCGUUCUGUUGAUAUUUUAAUCUUGCCCCGUAAUGAAUUAGUUUCUGCACAAAACACAUUCUUAAGUUUGCAUAAUCACCAUUGUGUGAUUUGAGACUUGAGAGCAGCGCAAUGGUUCUAAAUAUGGGUUCAAAAGUAAUUGGUAUCUGCUCCUGCAUUAUUUUUUUACCUUUUUUUCAAGUAAAAAAUUGGAACGGCUGUGGCCAUAUUUUGGGUUAAUGGAAUUGGUUUGGACUGGUUAUAUACUUAAAUGUACCUAUUACAGUUGGAACUGAUAAAACUUGCAACUGACCUGGUCUUUACUGGACUGGACCGGCCCUGUAACCAG